AUGUUCGCUGCUAAAGAGUUAUUCCAAUUCUUUGUCUCGAAAGAGGCCAAAACUCAGUGUCAGAGCCCCGAAAGCAAGAGCCCCGUUUCACCCUCUGCUCCCCAAAGCAAGCCAACUCCCAGUCGAUCGUACACAGAUGUGGUCGCGAUCGGGAAACCAGAUCGCCAAGGGAGCAAGUUCGGAAGCGCCGGCCGGUCCUCAACGUUGCCGACCAACCUGUAUGCUUCUGGCUACGUUGAGGCCGAAAUGCUUUCCCCGAAGAUUACCCAGGGUGCACCUCGUUUACACAAACGUAUCAUCAUAUGCUGUGAUGGAACUUGGAAGAACGGCUUAAGUUCCGCGCCUAAUUCAGCGACAAACGUUUUGAAAUUAUCGCGAUGUAUCUUUCCUGAGGACCGUCGCACCUUUCCUCCUAUACCUCAAGUUGUAUUCUAUCAAGCCGGUCUAGGGACAACGGACGAUUUCGCAUUGGAUAUAACCCAAGGAGCUACCGGAGCUGGCAUUUUAGCAAAAAUCAGAGAAGCCUAUGCGUUCAUUGCUCAAAACUAUAUCCCAGGGGACGAAGUCUUCCUGUUCGGUUUCUCUCGCGGAGCUUUUACCGCAAGAACGAUCGCCAGUUUGAUAGCCGAUAUUGGAAUCUUGACCACCGCGGGUAUGGCCGACUUUCAUCAAGUGCUUGCGGCUUAUCAGGUCCGGUUAGAAGGUACAGAACGUUCAGACACCGCCGAGAAAUUCCUUGAUAACUAUCGCCAUGGAGGUCACAAACACAUGUGCCGCUUGGCUGAGGGCACUCUGAAAUGUGUAGGUGUGUGGGAUACCGUCGGAGCGUUAGGCCUACAAAAAACAGCCGGAUUCUUUGGUGAAAAUUUCAACCUGCUCGGAUUCAGAGAUACCAAGUUGAGCCACCAAAUCAAGUAUGCGUUUCAUGCCAUGGCUGUUCAUGAGACGCGGAAAGAUUUUACAGCUACCAAAUGGGUUAGGACGCCCUCGCCAAGUGGUUUCAAAGAAUACCCGCAAGUGCUCAAGCAAGUCUGGUUCUCGGGCUCGCAUAGUGAUGUCGGCGGUGGAUAUCCAGACCAUGACCUAUCCGACAUCACACUCAUCUGGAUGGUAGCCAACUUGAUGAAAUACAAUUUGCUUGCAAUCGAUGAGCCAUAUCUUAUGACUCUGCCUAGACCUCAGGCCGACUGGGGAAAGCAGGCGCCUCAUGAUCCUAGGAAAGGCAGCGUGAUGAGCAAGACUUUGAAAACUGUUCGACAGUUCCCAGAGGCUUGGGAUGAAACUUCGAUGGAAACGAUCCACCCCUCAGUAGCCUGUCAAGAAAACUUGGCCCCGGAGCUAGCCAAGAUUUUUGACGAGAACACGCCCAAGCUUUUGGAGAAGCUACUGCCAUUCGAGGAGAAGAUGCGCUUCCAUUGGAGUUCUCUGCGGAAGCAAAAUCAGAUCGAAUCGAAACAGUUAGACCAAGAAACCAAUGCGCAAGGGAACAUGCUAUUCACCGAUUUUCUGAAAACGUUCCAUGGACUAGUGGACAUCGGCCGUCUGAGUGUUGAAAUAGUUCGAGGACAAAGUAGUGAAGAAGAAGUUGCCGAAAAAGUGCUUCUUGAGGAAUGA